AUGGACACGACUUCCCACGACACCGUCGGCGCGUCCACGCUGGCAACUCCCCUCUUCAUGCCUUCAUCGCCACCGUCUCAUCCCGACCAGGGAGAGAGCUAUUCUCCGGUCAGCACAAGAAGCUUCCGUUUUAGUUCGCACGGCGCGACCGGCGCAGACCUCGAUGACGCGCGUUCGCCGCAACGCCGCUCCCCCAAAUCCUCCAGAGCGUCCUCUCUCGAGCGCGCCGCGAACGAGAUCGAUGCCCGUCUAGCGCAGUACACAGUCGACUUCAGCCAGUUUCCGAGCAACCACGCGCUGGAUGAGGAGCCCCUGGAGGAGUUGAGACUGCCACAUGAGGACAACUUAUCCGAUGUCGGUGGUCCGGAUGACUUUACUGCCAACUUGGAGAAGUAUCUUAUGGGGGAGGAUGAUACCAUGGACCACAAGCAUUUCAGCAUAGACCACAUGGAGCGCGACCUGUUCGAGCCAGAACUCCAUUCCGAUGCUGAGCACGAGUCAGAACCCGAGCCGGAGCUGCAGGACGAACUUCCCCAGCCGCAAUCCCAGCCACAGAUCCAGAGACAAGAAGCGAAACAACCCCAGCAGCAGGAAGACUCCCAGAACAACUCUCAAUUGCACCAACCAGCGGUUGAAGAUGAGCCGGAGGUCAGCGGAUACAGUGAAUUUGGGCCUCCUGUCGACAUGUCUACCCCGUCGCAUCUGCUGCGUCGGGCCGGCGGACUGGGGAAAGAUAUAACGCAUCUCGAAAACAUUGAAGAAGACCCGGAUGACGAGAUGGAGGCGACUACAACUACACCCUCCGUUCGCAAGCACAAGCGUACUUCCAGUAAGAACGAGAAAGACGUGACCGAGGAUCUGCGCCGGCAGAUUGCAGAGCUCAAGGACGCGCUGCGCGAGCGUGAUGAACAACUUGAAAGGAACCACAGACGUGUUUUGGAAGCAGCCUCUGCAGGAGAGCAAAUCAAGCACCUACAAGGGGAGCUACAGAGAAAGUCGGAACUGCUCGAAGAGCUGUACGCUAAACGCAGCGACGAGACACUACUUCGCGAGCAAAUCCAGCUUCUACAAAAACAAAACCAGGAGAAAGAGUCCUUCCUCCAGAAGUCUACCAUGAACGCAUCCGAGCUGGGCACUUUGCAAAAGCAGAUGAGUGACAUGCAGAAAGAGCUGCAGAGUCGAAGCUCGCACCCCGAUAUCGACACCGAGCGCCUAGAAACGAUCGCCUAUCUGCGCCAGCAAUUGGACUUGGCUCAGGAGCAGCUGCGAAAGCGCGACGCAACCUUGGACGAGACAAUGGCCAAGCUGAAGGAGGUUACAACCGCCAAGGAGCAGCAGCUCCGGGAGAAGAAUAGCGAAAUCGAUGGCCUCAAAGCUCAGGUCAGCGACAAUCUCCUAGAGGUCGAAAAGCUGGAAAGGGAGCUUGACCGUGUCAACCAGGCAUACGAGACACUUGAGGAAAGAAUCGCCUCUCUAGAAACCAAGAACCGACCAUUAGAAGAGAAGAACAGCACGCUGGAAGCCGAUCUGACGCGCGCACAGUCGCAAGUCACCGCGCAAGAAAAUGCCCUCAAAGCCAUGGCAGCGGACCUCCCGCUCGAGACGGGCAACACCUACACCGAGAUUCUAGAAUUGAUCAAAGACCUCGGCCAGCCCAGCGUUCGACGCACACCAGACCCCUUCGCCAAGGACAAACUCCCCCAGGACCAAGACACGUCCCAAGACUUCGAACUCAAACACUUCCACGAAGAACUAUUAAAGCUCCAAACCGAACUAGCAGAAGCCACCUCAGCGAAAACAACCCUCGAGCUACAACUGACCCGCUCGCAAGACCAAGCCACCGAAGCACAAACCCUCAUCCACUCCAUCGAAACCGAAAACACGCGCCUAACCAAACGCGCGGACGAGCUCAAAUCCUCCCUCGAUAAAGCCCAACAAGAGCUAUCCCAAGCCAACGAAGAACGCACGCGGGCCCUGGAAACCAUCACUCGUCUCAAGAAGGAACAAGAGGACCUCCAAAACGCCACCCAACAGCAACCCAGCCCACCCCCAUCCCCUCCAACAAACACCCACCAACACCAACCCCAAUCCACAUCCACGUCCACGUCCCAAAUCCAAACCCUCCAAACGGAACUCACCAACCUCCGCGCCACCAACACCAAUCUCCAAACCCUCCUCACCAGCACCACCAACCGCGAAACCAAACUCAAAGCCCACAUCCUCACCCUGCGCGACCGGCAUCACACCGAACUCCGCGCGCAGAGAACCAAGAUCGAGCACCUCGAAUCCAUCAUCGCCACGAAGGACGAAACCGCCGCUGCAGUCGACGAACGCAUCGCGCGGUCCGUCGAGAAGCGCGAGAAGGAGUGGCAGCGGCGCGUGGAUCUCCUACUCAAGGAGCGUGAGAGGAUGAGUCGUGCGUUGAUGUGGUCGUGGGGUGAGAAGGAGAUGGGGAGUGUCAAGGAAACUGAUAAGGAGAAUGUCACUGUCGAUGAGAAGGGGAGGAAGAGGCAGGCGUAUCGGUAUAAAUAUGCUACCGGGGUGGAUGGAGAGGUGAAGACGAAGUCGUCGCAGUCUCGGUCGGGGUCGAAGAGAGCUUGA